AUGAGCAGCAAGGCACUUUUCGAGCAGGAGGACCAGCAGUACCGGGAAGAGGUCGAGGCCGUCAAGAGAUGGUGGCAAGACCCCCGAUGGAGGUACACCAAGCGUCCCUUCACUGCUGAGCAGAUCGUGGCCAAGCGUGGAAACCUGAAGAUUGAAUACCCCUCCAACGUGCAGAGCAAGAAGCUCUGGAAGAUCGUCGAGGAGAACUUCAAGAACAAAACCGCUAGCUUCACCUAUGGCUGUCUCGAGCCUACCAUGCUCACCCAGAUGGCCAAGUACCUCGAGACCGUCUACGUUUCCGGAUGGCAGAGCUCCUCCACCGCCUCCUCCACCGACGAGCCCUCUCCCGAUCUUGCAGACUACCCUAUGGACACUGUCCCCCGAAAGGUCAACCAGCUCUUCAUGGCCCAGCUCUUCCACGACCGCAAGCAGCGUGAGGAGCGCAUCACCACUCCCAAGGAGAAGCGUGACAAGGUUGCCAACAUUGACUACCUCCGACCCAUCGUUGCUGAUGCGGACACUGGCCACGGUGGUCUGACUGCCGUCAUGAAGCUCACCAAGCUCUUCAUCGAGAGAGGUGCUGCCGGUAUCCAUAUUGAGGACCAGGCCCCUGGUACCAAGAAGUGUGGACACAUGGCUGGAAAGGUCCUGGUCCCGAUCAGCGAGCACAUCAACCGUCUGGUUGCCAUCCGUGCCCAGGCCGAUAUCAUGGGUACCGAUCUCCUCGCCAUCGCCCGAACUGACUCCGAGGCUGCCACCCUGAUCACCUCGACCAUUGACCACCGUGACCACGCCUUCAUCGUUGGUGCCACCAACCCCAACCUGCAGCCCCUUAACGACCUCAUGGUUGCUGCGGAGCAGGCUGGAAAGAACGGAAACCAGCUCCAGGCCAUUGAGGAUCAGUGGACCGCCCAGGCCGGUCUGAAGCUCUUCGAUGAGGCUGUUGUCGACACCAUCAACGCUGGUGUUCACGUCAACAAGAAGGAGCUCAUCGAGAAGUACAAGCAGGCCGUCAAGGGCAAGAGCAACAGCGAGGCCCGCGCCAUCGCCAAGGAGAUCACCGGUGUCGAUAUCUACUUCGACUGGGAAGCCGCUCGUACCCGUGAGGGUUACUACCGCUACCGUGGCGGUACCCAGUGUGCCGUCAACCGCGCGGUUGCCUACGCUCCCUUCGCCGACCUCAUCUGGAUGGAGAGCAAGCUGCCCGACUACGCUCAGGCCAAGGAAUUCGCCGAAGGUGUGCACGCUGUCUGGCCCGAGCAGAAGCUGGCGUACAACCUGUCUCCUUCCUUCAACUGGAAGGCCGCCAUGCCUCGCGACGAGCAGGAGACUUACAUCCAGCGUCUCGGAAAGCUGGGCUACGCCUGGCAGUUCAUCACCCUGGCUGGUCUCCACACCACCGCUCUCAUCACGGAUACGUUCGCCAAGGCGUACGCCAAGCAGGGCAUGCGCGCGUACGGCGAGCUGGUGCAGGAGCCCGAGAUGGACAACAAGGUCGACGUCGUCACGCACCAGAAGUGGAGUGGCGCCAACUACGUUGACAACCUUCUGAAGAUGGUGACUGGUGGUGUCAGCAGCACCAGCGCCAUGGGUAAAGGUGUGACGGAGGAUCAGUUCAAAUAA